AUGAAGGAAUUAGAGAAAGGAAAGGUGAUGACUGUUCAAGGACAAGAUACAUGGAUAAUUGCUGGUUUAGGUGUUGUUACGGCAGAUUUACCUCAAGGUAACGAUAUGACAGGAGUACUAAGACAUAAUGCAAAUAAUGGUUGUCGUACUUGUAAAACUACUAAAGAAUCAUUGAGUGCUCACAAUCAGGAUAUCGUAACAACAUUACGUUAUCAUCAUAUUACAGAUGAAGAAAUCUUAAAAAUUUCUCAUGAGACUAUAAUUUCAAGAAGAGAUCAACUUUGUACGGAAUAUAGUUUACCAUCAUUACCUAGUAUUUUAGAUAAAUUAAAAAAAAAAAGACAUUUACAGAUGCCGCAGGAUGUUUAUCAUGCGACUGCAGGAAAGAUUGGGCGGCUACUAAAAUUAACUUGUGAAUUAUUUUCACGAGAAGAAGAAGAUAAUUUUAUCGAAAUUUGGAAAAAUUUUGAAAUCCCAAAAACCAUGAUUCAACAAAGAAUUGAUGCAUUUCGAGUUAGUUCAGUUUCAAAAAUUAUUAUAUCUUGUUGGAUACAUGUUGCAAAAAUUAUGAAAGCGAUUUUUAACAAGAAAUUUACAUCAGAUAGCUAUGAGGAAUUGCAACAAUGUCUUGAAGAAGAGUUUUCAAUCCUUCCAAAGGUUUUUGUAAAUUUUGUUAAUUUACUAAACAUACACGUUAAUAUGAUGCAUGCUAAAACACUUAUUAAUACCCAAGUUGAUAUAAAUGAAAUGGUCUAUCGUAUUUUUAAGAGGAUGGUACCAAAGACUAAUUGCAAAAACAUAGAUUUGGAUUUAUUAAAGCGUUACAAUACUUUAUUUGCAAUUCGACAUUUAGCAGAUGGUGGUAUUAAUCCAAGAUUUAAUAGAUCUUGUACUGGAUUUACAAAUUCAAAUUUUGGACAAUUAUUUUUAAAUUGGUAUAUUACAGAAGAUAAAUAUUCAACAGAAACAACUGAACAAGUUCAAGACGACGAUGAUGAUACAAAAAGUAAAUAUUUUAUUGCAUAUAGUAGUACAUGUUUGAUAUUUAUAUUUACUAAUCUUUUAAUUUAG